GUGCCUAUACACUCAGCAGCCACACAGAGUCAUGGAUGGGUUUACAUUGUACUUCGCUCUCCUGUCGGCGUUCCUACUUUAUGAUGCUCAACCAGCAGCUCCAACAGGCUGUGCCGGUCCCCCCGUGCUGUGUUGCUCUGGUCAAAACAACUCCUGCUUCAGACAAUGUUACUGUGAUGAGGCCUGCUUGCAAAUUGGCGACUGCUGUGAUGACUACAUUUCAACCUGCACGCAACAUUUGCCCCCAGCUCUGUCAUCCACAGUUUCUUCAACAACAGAACGCAGCACGACAAGCAUCACUACUGCAUCAUCAGAUGUGAGCACAAAGUCAGCCUCCGUGAUGUCUGCUGCUACAGCAACCAGCCAAGACAGCAGCAGUACUACAUCUACACAAUUAGAUGGUCUCCCAACUUCAGCAUCCUCGGUCUUAGCAGCUACAGCUCAACCAGCAGCUCCAGCAGGCUGUGCAGGUCCCCCCGUGCUGUGUUGCUCUGGUAGAAACGACUCCUGCUUCAGACAAUGUUUCUGUGAUGAGGAAUGCUUGCCAUUUCGCGACUGUUGUCCCGACAACAAUACAACGUGCACUCAACGUGAGUGA